AGUAAUAAGAGGUUGUUUACACUGGCCUGAGAAGGCAUGAGUGAACGUGGUGUAACGGUGGAAAAAGUUGACCAAAACAUGAGUGAAGGGGAAAAUGGAGAGAUUACCAAUAAAGAGAAGAAUACACAAUUGCAGAAGAGUAAUUCUUCCUCGGAAGAAGUUAAAACUACAGCUGACCCGGUCCUGUUAGAGCACCUUGUGACAAUUGGCAUGGAUAAACGGUUGGCAAGCAAGGCUUUGGUGUGCACUAAAAAUAAAAGUGUGGAUGCAGCCCUGUCAUGGAUAGCUGAGCUUGGGGCAGAGGAAAUGGAAGCCCUGUGUGGCAGCAGUGAACAUGGUUCUAAUGACAGUGAGGACUGGGAGGAUUGUGAAGAAGAAGAGGAGGAGGAUGACAUAUACUACAAGAUGGUAUUUGUCGUUAAUAUGGAGCUCGGCAUGGGUGUUGGGAAGGUAGCUGCUCAAGUUGGACAUGCAGCUUUGGGAUUGUAUAGGUUACUGAAAGAAGAUAAAGAAAAGUAUGAAGCAAGUACUGAAGAAUGGGAAGAAUUUGGAGAGAGGAAGAUUACUGUGAAAGGCAAAAAUUCCCAGGAACUCAUUGAAUUGCAAAAGAAGGCAGAGUCUCUUCAUCUUCCAACAUAUUUGGUGCAGGAUGCUGGCAUGACUCAAAUACCUGCUGGAUCUACUACUGUUUUGGCCAUAUUUGGUGAUGAAGAGGCCGUAAAUGAAGUGACAGGAAAAUUAAAAUUGUUGUGAUAGAAGAAAAUACUCUUGUUUUUUCCCUUGUUUAAGGUUGAUAUAAUACAGUAUUAAUAAGAAUAAGAGAACUGGAGAGUGUGAACUUAGAGUAGCACUUAUUUGUUUUCUUUCUUUCUUUUUUAUCACUGAACAGGGUUUUAUUAUUAUUUAUAAGUCAAAGUAAUAUACAUCUAUAUAAAUAACAAGUGAUAUAGUCAAUAUAACAGUAGCAACUCAAACUUAUUGAAAUAUGACAACCUAUCACAUGAAAUAUGACAACCUAUCACAUGUUCAGUAUUUAGAAAAAUGUUUGACAAGGAUUUUUUAAAUUGACAGAGAAUCAAAAGAAUUACUUUUAAUCCACUAAGAAAUUUAUGUUUCUGGUGCUAAAUGUGGCUAUCUCUCCCUAAGCAAAUAUCUUUGUGGAUUACAAAUUUUAUAACUAUUUUUUUAUCAGGCUCCCAUAUGAUAAAAAAUGUGACAAAUUUUGUAUUAAGUAUAAUGCAGAAAAUAACUAUACAUUGGCAAUAAAUUAAUUUUUUUCUAUUCCGGUGGCACUGGAAAACUAAUGAGCAAGACAGGUCUUUAUGCUUUUUUAGCUGUGAUGUAGAUCCAGGUAUAAAUGAACAGAGAAAUACA